AUGAUGAAAGGAACAUCAUCCUUUGGAAAGCGUCACAAUAAGACGCAGCCAUUGUGCCGCCACUGUGCCUCCAAGGCCUACCACCUUCAGAAGUUCACCUGUGGCAAAUGUGGCAGCAAGAGAAAGUUUAACUGGAGUGCCACGGCUAAGCGGCGAAACACUACCGGGACUGGGCGUAUGAGGCACCUAAAGACUGUUUAUCGAAGAUUCACACACGGAUUCUGUGAAGGGAAAACACCUAAACCCGAGAGGGCAGCUGUUGCAGCAUCCAGUUCAUCUUAAGGAUUUCAGUCAGUCUUA